AUGGACAUCAAGUUUUGCAAGACCAACCUCCUCAUUGAGCACAAGGAGUUGGAUGGGAGAUUCCAAUUCAAACCCCCUGUGUACACUUUGGUUGGGCAUGAAGCGGAUUUGCAAGAAGAAGAGAUCGAGCUCGAUCGAGCUGAGGAUCGAGCUGAGUCAGCUGAGGAUCGAGCUGAGUCAGCUGAGGAUCGAGUUGAGGCGCUGAUGAGGAUUUGGGUGAGCCUGAGUGCUAUUACUUUGAGGAGUAUGAGGCUCCAAGGAUGA